CUUUUAAUGAUCUGUGGCUUCAUGUUGCUUCUAUGGACCUGGUUCCAUGCAUAUUGGUGACAUUUGACAAGGAGCAGAUUGUGGUUGGAAGAGGAAAAGACUAUAAACCUCCAGAGGAUGGAUUAUUCUUCACUGAUAGAGAAUUUUUUGAUGAGCAAGGGACUGUUGCAGUUGGUGACAUUGAGAAUUAUGUUAGUUCAGAUAAGAGUGGCAAUGAACAGUAGUAUGUUAUGUGGCCAAUGAUGAAUGGAUCUUCUUGCUGAAGAUCAAAGCAGCGACUCGAUAUCAUCUGUUAAGAGUCAAUACCUGUGAUCUCAAUUUCCAAGUGGAGGGAAAGGGGGGCUUCAUGAUUCAGCGUGGAAACUUAUGAUACAACUCUUGCUGCUGGAAUGCCCUCAAACCAAAUAAAAACCAGUCUAUUUAUUGAAUUGAUGGCAUUCUCACAAUAUCUUGGAGCAGAGGACAGAUGCUUUCACAUGCAUCCACAGUUCUUCAAGACUUUGGAUCUCGGUAAACAUUAACAAUUGUUUAGUGUUUCCCUUGUGUAUGUCGCUUAUCAAAUUACAUAACGCUAAUCUUUAGGGACUGAAUUCUUAAUAUUGAGAUUGUCGCUCUAUCUACUAAUACAAUUUUUUUUUAACA